UUCAGUUUAACCAAACACAUCAAUAUGUUCUCUAAAGUAAUCGCCUUAAGCGCAGUACUGGCUGUUACUACAGCUGGACUGUUGCCUGAAGCCCAUUACUCUCCCGCUACGGCAGUGUCUUCUCAGAGCAUUAUUCGUCAUGAUCAGCCACAAGCCAUCGCUACUAAAUACGUGGCCGCCGCACCAGUUGCCGUCCACGCUGCUCCUGCCGUAGCCUAUAACGUAGCUCCACUUUAUUACGCAUCAGCUGAUGCUGUUUCCUCCCAAUCCAUCGUGCGUCAUUCCACACCCAUUGCUAAAGUGUCAGUUGCGGCGCCUGUGUACCACGCUGCUCCCGCCGUUGCCUACCAUACCGCUGCGGUUCCCGUUAUCUCCAACGCAGCUCCAGUUCACUACUCCACCGCUAAUGCUGUAUCUUCUCAGAGUAUUGUCAGCCAUUCCGCACCAGUUGCUAAAGUCGCCGUAGCGGCUCCCAUCACCAAUUAUGCAGUGGCUGCCCCUAUCGCGUACUCUGCACCUGUACAAUAUGCUGCUCCAGUUGCCAAGGUCAUCGCACCCGCUCCUAAAGUUCUUGUUGCUGAACAGGAACAAUACUCUCACCCCAAAUACGAUUUCUCCUAUUCUGUGGCUGACGGACACACUGGUGACAACAAGUCUCAACAGGAAAGCCGUGAUGGAGAUGUUGUCCAUGGUGAAUACUCACUAGUGGAAGCUGAUGGUUCCAUUCGCAAAGUGCAAUACACUGCUGAUGAUCACAAUGGCUUUAACGCGGUGGUGAGCCGUUCUGCUCCCGCCCACCACAUCGCCGCUGCUCCUGUUCUUCUUGCGCAUCAUUAACUUUAUCUG